UGAAUGGACGUGUUUUCUGCGCGAGCUGAAUCAGUCACACGUUUGAUAUCAGUGAAACUGUUUGUUGUUUAUGAGUAGAAAAGGAAAGAAACUGUUUUAAAAUAGUGAAGUACUGCAUUGUUCGAGAUUGUGAUUAAUUUCGUAUGUCUAUGCGAUUUUUCAAGAUAAACUCGCGCUGCCUGUCAGUUUAAAUUAGUUUUGUAUGCAAACUCUGUAAAGCCGAAGGUAAAUUACAACAAAUGAUCGCAUAACAAGAGAAGAAAAUCAGUGGUAAAGAAACGAGAAGGUUACACAAGAAAAAAGAAAAGAAGGCUCGUGCAAAGCGAAGAGAAGAAAAAUUUCACGUUUCGGAGAGCGCAUACAGACUGAGUGAGUGGUUAUAGGAAAAUAUGAAUGUUAUUAUUUUUAUGUGCUGAGCGCUAGAGAGCUCCUCUCGGUCUCGGAUGUUGUUUGCGAUCGUUGAAAAAAAAAAAAACCGUGAAAGCGAGAGACGCAAAGGAACUGCGGGUGCGUAGUGGAAUGUGUAGCGGGAUCACUCAGUGCCUGGUUUUAAUUUCUGCCUUAUUGGUGAUGAUGCUUGUAUUCUUUACCUAUUUGGGAUGGAAAUGAUGUAAAGGAAAUAAUCAUAAGUGGCAGCGUAAAUACAUCGUGAGUGUUGUUUCUGCACUGACAGCUGUUUGUGAAACGGUUAAGCGAGAACUCGUUUCAAUUAAUUUGAACACAAGCGAGAUUAUCCGAAGAAAACAUGUUAGACGUAUGCUUAGGUUGAAGUAUACAACAAAACAAAAAUUUAACCAAGACUAGUUAAAACAAUAAUUAAAAUGGAGAUUAAAUUGCUGCGCAACAUAAUAAUUCUGCUGUUUGUUACCUGCUGCAAUGGCGUACGGAGUACGUCUGAAUUUUCGGCAUUGCGCACGUGUGAACCAAUUAAGAUUGAACUGUGCCGUGGAAUUGGUUAUAAUGAGACCUCCCUGCCGAACUUGGUCGGCCACGAGCUGCAAUCCGAUGCAGAUUUCACGCUGCAGACAUUUUCGCCACUGAUUCAGUACGGCUGCAGUAAACAGUUGAAGUUCUUUCUCUGUGCAGCUUAUGUACCGAUGUGCACACCGAAGGUCCCAAUGCCGAUCGGGCCUUGCAGAGGAUUAUGUCUCACCGUUAAGACCCUGUGUCAUCCAAUUUUGCAGGGGUUUGGAUUUCCAUGGCCCUCAGCACUCGAUUGCAAUAGAUUCCCAGAGGAAAAUAACCACGAGCACAUGUGUAUGCAAGGACCGGGAGAACCGACGGAUGUUGUUAUGAUUUCCAAGAAUGAUCGACCUACGUGCCAAGGUUUGAUCAAGUCUCAUCUGUAUGUUCGGUUGAAUCGAUCAGGUCGCUGUGCGCCUUUAUGCGAAGCGGAUAUCAUGUUUGAGCAGAACGAAAAACAUUUCGCAGAGGUUUGGCUGACGUCCUGGAGUGUGGCAGCCCUCUUCACAGCCAUUAUAGCGACUUUGUGUUUGAUUCUUGCCACCAAACGAUGGGAUAAGAUUCUGAUGCCUCUGGUCAUCAGUCAUUGCUUGGUCACGGUAGGCUGGGCCGUUCGCUGGCUAGCUGGACGCAAUGCAACGGCUUGCGGUUACGAUACACAGCUUCCGGGCGUUUCGUUGCUGCUAACGGACGGGCUUAUGACUGCACCAUGUGCGGCCACGUUCCUGCUGCGUUACUACUUCGGCAUGUCGGCAGCUGUUUGGUGGGCAAUUCUUUGUCUGCGUUGGAGUAAAUCGGUUCGUCGUUUGUUGAAUACCGAUUUAAAUGGCGAUCCUCACACGGAGAAAUCAGGUUCUUCGUACAACACUCUGUUUCAACUCGCUGCUUGGGGUCUACCAGCAUUACAGACCGUAGUAGUGCUGGUCGCACGGUUUGUUGAUGCAGAUGAACUUUUCGGUUCCUGCUUCAUCGGAAACCAGUCCGACAAGGCGCUGAUCGGAUUCGUCGUGGUACCGUUGCUUACCUACUGGGUCAUCGGCUCCGGUUACCUCUUCACUGCCUAUCUGCGGAAGCGCUCGUCUUCGGCCCUUUUGGUAAACAAUCUGCCGGUUCACAUCACCGGUAUGGGAAAGUUCCUGUUCAUUUAUUCAGUGCCCAGUUUUCUGCUGCUGGUGAUAAUGUUCUACGAGUUCGCGUACCGGGAGAACUGGCUGAAUCUACCGCAUCCAUCGUUGGAACCAGUGUCCUCGGUGAAAGCCCCUAUCUGGCCGUUUAUUCUGCGAGCAGUAAUAGAGCUGCUGGUCGGAGUGCUCGCGUCUGCGUGGGCAGUCGGCCCAAGGAUAGCCGGCCUGUGCCGGAGCAAGAUCAACAACCAGGUCUACAAGCAACCACAGCCUAAGUUUGCCACAUCGCCGUACUCGACUGCUUCCUAUCAGACGGUUUGCCCCCAGAAUUCUCUGGUGUCAGUGUCAUUGGGAAAAAUGCCACCCCGGCACGCAAGGAAGUAUCCUUCUCAUUCGCACAUUAAUCGGAAACCGCGCGCCUACAAGGCGUCCUCGCAAUCGAUGAGCCUGACCGGUAACGAGACUGUGCUGUGAUAGGAUGCUCCAUCCGAAGGAAAAAAACAGGGAACCGAUCGAAACGGAACGAUCAACUAUCGACGUUCAAGUUACGUUGGUGAAAAAUGUGAUAUUAAUUUUAGUAUGAAGUUUAAAUUAUUUAAUUCGAAUUUUUUACUUGUACUUUUAAAAUGUAAAUAGCCCGUACAGUGUACUUAAACGGCGGAUUUUUUUAUUUUCGAGGUACAUAUAUAGCAAUGAUUUGAUUUUAUGCUGCGAAAAACUUUUCUUAUACACCAUACUGGACGGCAUUGAACCAGAGACCGAAGGCUGUACGCGGUAAUGAGCAACAAGUACGUUCUACAUACAUGUACACGGUGUGGGACCGGCCGGUGCGGUGCUGAUGAAGUGAGGAUCGCUUGUAGUUCGAUCGGUAUACACGGUUGCACGAUAAAAUUUAUGGGAAUAAGUGCGAAUGUACCAUGUGGGCACAAGUUGCGCACUGCACACAUGCGGGUCGUAAAAUGGUUAUGGCGUUGUUGUUAAACGACUUGAGCGCGGAAUCACCAGAAAUAGCUAUACAAGAGGCAAACAUACCGAGACGCAUGAUGCAUUUUGGGAGCCGCGAUGUAACCGUGACAUGGUGAGGGAUCGUUCAUCUGACCAGCUAAUCAUAUAUUAGACAUUUUUUAUUUUGAAAAAUUAUGCGAUUCUGAGAAAACUUUACAUCAGACCCCCUGUUGGUACACUGCGCGGUGGUGUAACUGGAAAUACGCUCGAUUGGCAGUCGACAGUUUUGCGUUCAAGCUCAGACGAUUCCAGUUCAUUCAAUUUUUCAUUUUUUUAAAGAUAGCACUUCCUCAAUAAGAAGUUUCGUAAAAUGCUCAAAUUUGAGUUGUGAUAAAAUAUUCCAAAUUUUCCCAAUCCUUUGAUCUGACCAUGGUAGCACCAACUGACGAUACCUUCGUUUGUCCAAUCAUCAUACUUAUGUAUGUAUGAGCGAACUGCAGUCGGGAAACCGGGUAACUAAGUGGGCUUUUUAAGGUAUAAGAACUCCUGGCUGCCUAAACGAUAGCACGGCACAGCAUCGACGACGAUCGCUGAUUACGACGACGCUCGGAAUGGUGUGCAAGGAAAGAUGAGAAAGCUUGUAAAGCGAGAUAAAAAAUGACUGAGAUACAUAUAGAGAAGGACGGGCGAGGCGGCGGUGUCGUCACCGUCGUCGUUUGCAUUAACUUGUGUGGUUGCAGGCAUUCCGGAAACCUGCUCCAGUGCAUCGGGAGCAUUGCGGUGACCAAAAGUUCCGCAAAGUUAUGUAAAUAAAUUGUUUUUCGAUUUUCUCGAUUGAAAUUUUCAGUAAAUCUGAAGUUUAAAAAACUUGCACGUUUGCAUAUUUUAGAAAUUUAUUCUUCCAGAUGACUCCGACUUUUUUUGGUCACCCUAGCAAAUGCAUAUUAUAACAAGUUAGUCGUCCACUGCCUCGGUCCUGUGUGCGGCUGACAGGCAGUAUUGGAUGAUGGUGUUGAAAACCACCGUGCUGAUACGCAUUUCUCGAAUAUAAUCGAUUUUUGAUUGGAUUUUUGCUCCUCUUUUGCACCUCAGAACGGGUUCCGUUGACUCGAAAGGUGCCAACAAGUCGAUAGCGGAAGGCAUGGGAAGGUGAAAAAUCGUGCGCGAAAGUAUAGCCAUAAUUUAUGAUUAAAAUUUAAUGAUAAUGUUCGUAAAUAAAUAAAUAAAAAAAAUAUCUGCGCCGGAGAUUCAUGUAGGUUUCUGCUGCAGAAUAGUUCAGCUCAACAACAAUCGAGAAACUGCUAUGCAUAGCGAUACAGUUGCAUAUGCAGCAGAGCUGCAGCUCCCCAGUCAACCAACAGGGGACCAUAAAAAAGCAAAAUGACCUGCGCUGGGUAAUCUAUUGCAGAAUCCCAAUCGUGUGUGGAGUUCUGAGUGCAACGUUGAAAACGAGCGCUGCCCGAGGGAAGUGGUUUUAACGCGCUACCUACUGCUGCGAAUGUUGUUUAAGACAGACGAAAUGCUCUGUAUGGAAGGUUGUUAGCAUAGGCUUGUCAGGGUUAAUUUGGUGAGUUGAUAAUAAUUUAUGUGCUGUAAAAAUGUUAUUACGCGGUAAUUUUUUUUGUGCCGCAGAAAUUGUCCCAUUUGUUUUGAUGAUGUCCCACUGUAAUAUGUAGUUUAAUUCUGGAGUGCAGAAGAGACUUGGACAUCCAUUUUAUAAAGUUAUGGUUCUUUAAUCAUAAUAUCCAAAAGCAAACAGUGGUUUUAUAUUUUUUUAGAAUUAUAUUUAAAAGCUGAGUAAAUUUAGUAACGGAACGCAAUUGUUUUGCGUUUAUUUCGAAUUCUAAAUUCCGAAUUUAGGAAUUCAAUAAUUUAUUUCACACAAAUGAAAGAUUUUAUUUAUAUUUUAUUGGAAAAUUUUGAGUGGUAUUUUUGGUAACCCUUCGCCUUCAGUUUCUUAUUCGUCCAUCUAACUCGUUACAUUGCAGUUGGUCUCCAAAUCCGCUCGCCAGAUCUAACUCCACCUGGUCUGGCCACCUCGUUUGCUGUUCUCCUCUUCACCUUGUUCCUUCCGAAUUCGAUGCGAAAACUAUUUUUGCACGAUAGUUGUCCGGCAUUCUAGCAACAUGUUCUGCCCAAUCGUAUCCAUCCCACUUUAGCCAUUUUCUGAAUACUGAGUACGUGGUUGGUUCGCAAGCGGUAGGUCUUAGCACUCGCUGUUCGAUAACUCCGAAUGCUAGCAGGUCUUCUUCUAACAGUGUGUACCUUUCAUGCCCAUAGUGGACACCGGGUCUAAUUAGCGUAUUGUUUAGUGUGCACUUUGUACGGGGGCUCAGAUUGUGCGACCGCAAGGGUUUACGGAAUCCAUAGUAGGCCCGACCUCCGCUGAUAAUACGUCUUUUAAUCUCACGGCUGGUAUUGUUCUCCUUUGUUGCCAGUGAACCAACGUAUACGAACUCAUCCCCGUCGAUUACCACAGUACUGCUUAAGCGGACCCUGUCGCGCUCGGUUGCGGUCCCGCUCAUCAACAUAUUCUUCGUUUUAGAAUUUAACCUCAACGCAAUCUUCUCUGCUCCGCAUUUUAAUCUGGGGUACUGAACUUCCACUGCCUCAAAUGUUCUGCCGACUGCAUCCACGUCAUCGGCAAAGCAGAUAAAUUGACUGGAUUUAUUAAAAAUCGUAGCCCGCAUUUCGAUUGCCACUCGUCUUAGAACACCUUCAAGCGCAAUGGAAGGACCAUUUCCUCAUCGAAGUCCCCUGCGAGUUUCGAAUGGGUCCGACAAUCCACCCGAAAUUCUCAGACAGCACUGGAUCCUAUCCAUCGUAGUCAUGAUAAGUCUAGUAAUCUUCCUCGGAAAGCCGUUUUCGUCCAGAAUUUUCCGUAGCUCUUGUCGGUUUACAUUGUCAUAUGCGACUUCGAAAUCGUUUAACAGGGACUCGGAUGAUAGGGUGCGUGGGAACUCGGAGGACUGGUCCGUUGUAGACCGAUUAUCCAUGAAACCGGCCUGAUAACUUCCCCCGAAUCUAUUGGCUAUUGAUGACAGUCGAUGGAAGAUGAGUUGGGAAAGCACUUUGUAGGCAGCAUUCAGGAUAGUGAUCGCUCGGUAGUUCUCAAAAUCCAGCUUGUUGCCUUUCUUGAAGAUAGGGCAAAAACCCUGUCUAUCCACUCCUCUCCGGUAUGCGUUCCGUAUCCCAAAUCUUGGCAAUCAAUUGAUGCAAACAGCCCAUUUUUAUGAGUUCCGCUCCAAUACCGUUCUUUCCUACUGCUGUGUUGUUCUUCAGCCUUAACUUCGCUAAUCGAUGCUUGAAUGAAUUCGCUGCUCUUCUUGCACUUGCACUUCUUCUCUUUCUGGUGGUGCUUUUUUCCUGGAAAAGUUAGAUUUGCUGCCUCCACUUCUGUUUGUAUCGCUCCACAUUCUGACGGUACGUAGCAUUAGCGUUCGCGCUGCGUUAUUCUUAUCCAAUAUCUGCUGACCUUCCUCAUCAAGCCAUUCGUUACGUCGAUUCGGUACUACACGACCUUCUCCACUCCGCUGGUAAUAGCUGUUUCAACGGUUCUCCAACAAUCCUCAAGAGGGGCUUCAUUCAGCUUUCCCUCUUCUGGCAGUUUAUUGCGAUAACGCGGAGCUUUUGACGACAUCCGAAUGUUCCAGACGCAUUAGAUUACGCCGUGGCGGGCGCCGGUAUUGUAUGUUACCCACAAUAGAUAGUUUUUGACGUAUCUUAGCCGGGACUAGGUAGUGGUCCGAAUCAAUAUUAAUGCCCUGAUAGGUUCUAACGUCGAUAAUGUCUGAAAAAUGACGACCACCUAUCAGAAUGUGGUCGAUUUGUGAUGCCGUCUGGUUGGGUGAUCUCCAUCGGUAUACCGGUGGUAGAGGUUAUGUUGGAAAAAGGUGCUAUGCAUGGUCAUGUUCUUGGAGGCGGCGCGUAAAAUUCGUCUUUGUCAUCAUCGAUACUUCCAAGGUGAGGUGAGGAUGUGUACGUUAAUUAUGCUUAUAUAAAGAAUCGUCCCUUAAUUCCUAAUCUGCAUUCCGAGAUUGAUCGGCCACCACCCGAUCACCCAUUUCUGCAUCUUGCCCAUCACGAUAAUAGCUGUGUCCAAGUCACUACCACAGCUCCGCUAGAUGGUAUGACCAUCUCUAUACGUACGUAACAUCGUUUCUUUCAAGCAUACCUCCUGCAGCACUACGGUGUAGAACUUGUGACUCUUCACUUCUUCAGCAAGCACAUUUAGAGACCGACAGUUCUAUAUUCCAAAUUUCCUAUCGUUAGUCCGUUUUUGUCGCCUAGGUCUUUGCCGAUCCGAAUUGCUGUUUAUAUCUUUCGUUUCUUGUUAUUUUAGUGGUGCUGCCUUGCAAGGCUCGCGACCAGCCCAUCUAUAUCGCCGGAGGAUCAACGUAGCUCGAAAAAAACCUUCUUCCCUGUCAGCAUACGACCUUGGUUUCCACCGGGGUUGGUUACCCGAUCUUCACCAAGGUUGCUCGUAGCCCGGCUGGUACCACGAGGAUGUAGGGAUAAGAGCUGCAGGAUAGGAGGCUAUGAAACACUGUAGGGUCUAUUUCAUGUGCAAAACGGAAGGCACUAAUCUGUUGAUUUCUUUCAGAUAUAAAUUGGUGUUCGUUUUAUUCAUGUUCGUCCAUAAAGUACAGACCAAAGAUCGUCCGAAGCAAAACAUUCUAAGCCGUCAAUGUUUACUAUAGUCGCCUCGAAGCCACGCGUUCCAUGUCGGUGCACCCGUUUGAAUAUCAGUGACUUUCGGAGUAAAAAGUAGACUCAGCUUCGGAAAUGAAUGCGACUCAAGAUCUCUGUACUGGUAUUUUUGUCGGCGGUCACCAGUAAACCCAAACAAUUCGGUCGAACGCUUUAAGCUCGUCGCCGCGCAGAUGACCCGUUAUGGGAAGUGACUCAUCUAACUUCCGUAACAUCUUUCGUUUAAAAAGAGCAACGGUGUCGGUGCAUUUUCCGUAAGCAUCGUUACCGAUCUGAUCAGCGUUUUGUACACCGUCAGCUUCGUGCGACUAAGUAUGCUUGUUGACCGAAACGUCUUGCGGAGGGCAAAGUAAGCCCAAUUUCCCAUCUAAAAAUGACGUUAAAUCUCCUUAACCUAGAUCAGGAUGUUUCUUUCACUUUGAACGCGUUGCUUUGGCAUUGUAGACUGUCCACCCGCUUCGUCGAAGUCAUUGUUUGACAAUUGCCCAAAUUUUUUGAAUUGGUCCAAAAUCCGGAUAAUUUGGAGGGUUAAACAAACUUGUAUUUAUACUUACCUGGCACAUCCCCACACCCAGUUGCAAUGUAAAAUUUUUGACCGAGAAGUUGCUUGAAACCCGCUGUCUCGUAGGUUUCGUCGUCCAUCAUAAUGCAUCCGCUGAAUUCCGUCAAAACUUGUUCGUACAAACUCUUAGCACGCUUCUUGGCUAUCAAAUUCUGCUGCUUCAAGUGCCGAUUCAGAUGAUUACUGGCACUGUAAGACCUAUACCCUUGUUGAGCGAUAAUAUUCCGCGUGGUUACCUUACCUUCCAGUUAUGUCCCGGAUGGAGAUGCCAGGAUUGGACCUAACCCACCUGAAUAUCUUUUUCUUCAGCUCCCGGUCCCUAGUUGCGGUUUUCUUGAAAAUUUUUUGUCGCCUUUCCACGCCUAGGUUCUUCUUGUAACCUUCCAGAACAUUACACGGUGUUGAUUUUGGCAUUUUUAGUACUUUAGCCAACUUUGAACCAAACCAUCUCUGUAUUUUCCAAGUAUGUGUGCAAGAUUUUUUUUACGUCGUUCAAGUCCCAUUCUGUACUGUCCCGCAAUGUGGUGGAUUAUUUUGACGAAACUUGCAACACUUGUUGUUCCUAAACAUGUAAACAAAGUUCUGUCAAAUGGUUCCAGUUCCUACCACAAGAGGCGUGCCCGUGGCGCACGAGGGGGUCCAGAUUUACUUUUAGCCAAACUUUAUUAGCGGAUUUUAAAGCAACGAUUUUUGUUAGAAUUCGCUUAGCUGAGAAUUUCAGCGUUGGAAAUUCUCACAUGACGUAGUUGACGUCUUGUACCAUGCAGUUACAUACCAAUACUUCCAGUUUCACAGAGAUAACUAUUAAUUUGGAUGAGAACUCAACAAUUUCUCGAACCUAACCGAUGUAGCUCACCAAAACCCAGAAACAACAUCCAGAACAGUAGCAGCGGGUUAUCUUCGCCGCACAUCGGCACUCUGAAUCGGCAUUUCGAUAGGCAAUCGCGAUUCACACGAUUGGCUGACGUACAUAAAAUCGCUUAACUCGUCGGUCGUCCUGGUUCUUCAAUAGGCACACCAGCUGAACGUUAUAAUUUGGCCCUGCUGCUGGUGCUGGUGCUGGUGCUGCUGCUUGCUGUUGCCACAUAACAGACGAAGCAAAAUGGGCGUUGAAAUGUAAACGAUCUCUCACCCAAUCGAAUCGAAGGAAUAACAAUAAUUGGAUCCGGUGUGCCGCGAGGGCUCCGAGGUCAUAAAAGUUGUACCCAAACCGCGCUGGUCCGGUACCCACCGUUGUUGCUGGCCGUGAUAAACGAUUUUGCCGAAGUAAAAAAACUUCACUGCACCCGUAGGGCGUAAAUAACCAGUGCACUUUUUGUGCACAUCAAUUUGCUCAUGUAUAGUAUUUUGUUUGUUUUAGAACGAAAUUUUAUGCGUGCAAUAUAUCUGCCUUUUCCCGUAAAGGUUCCAUCUUGAGUGUAGGUACCGACCCCUUGAGGUGCCUGUUGAUGUGCUAUGUCCUCAUUAUUCUCAGUUUUAACUUAUAGCCGCGCUUGUUUCAGAGUAUCCAAGUAAGAAGAAAGGUUAUCUGCCUUGCUGGACGUAGUUUGCAAGUUGGAAACCUGUAAUUUAGCACUAGUUAAGUUUUUGAAACAGCACUGCAGUACCACCCGAUGGUGGUAUGAGCCGGCCUGGCGAUAGGCUGGUCUCAGUAUGGUAGAUAAUUAUCGUGUCGUUAGUGAUUAAGUGUUAUGAAAAUAUGGAUCGGUUUUUAUGAGUCUGUCGAAUUUCGGUUGUUUACUUAGGCACUAGUAUGAUUACAUACAAUGGAAAAAGAGCCUUGUUCCUAAUUAUCGACCUGUUCCGUCUCUUUUAGUUUGGUAAAUUUGUACACUUGUUCCGUUCAGGAACAUCACAUUUGAAUGCCUGUAUAUCGUUUAGCGUAAUAUAAUUUAUCGUGAGUUUUUCUUAAUGAAAUGAGCAUUGUAUAUACAAUACUUAUUAGCAUACGGUAAGGCAGUGUUAUGUACUAUACAGCUCCAGUAUCGCAAACCGCAAGUAUUAACAAAUAUUGUAUUGCUAGUUAUAGUGCAAACUUUUUUCUCCAUUUGUGCCAUUUACAUGAUUAUUAUUAUUAAAGUAUGUCUGCCUAAUACAGCUAAGAAUUUACGAUUAAAACAUAUAAUUUCUAUGGUAAGAAAAGCUUGAACCGUAGGUAUGUAUGUUUGUUGAUACUAUUUUAACA